CCAAAGAUUCAAAACACAUAACCUAAUGGGUAAUACAAUUGUCUUGCUAACACCUCUCCUUCAUGGACUCGUGAAGCUAGCCGGUUUAACCCCACAAACCAUAGAAAUAGAGCCCGGAACCUUGAUGAACAUUUGGGUUCCUAAAGAAACGGUCACCAAAAAUGACCAACAUAUUCCACCCACCAAACCUGCAGUACUACUCCUCCACUCUUUCGCCAUGGACGGUAUUUUCACAUGGUUCCUACAAGUUUUCGCGUUGACCCGUGAAUACGCUGUCUACGUGCCUGACUUCUUGUUCUUCGGUGGCUCGAUCACCGAUAGAAAUGAGAGAUCAGCCAGUUUUCAAGCCGAGUUUGUGGCUAAGGGGUUGGGGAAAUUAAAAGUGGAGAAGGUGACAUUGGUGGGACUAAGUUAUGGAGGGAUGGUUGGGUUCAAGAUGGCGAAGAUGUACCCCAAGUUGGUCAAGUCUAUGGUGAUGUCCGGAACUGUAGUAGAGUUGACCGAAUCCAUUAGCCUUGAGUCAUAUAAGAGCCUUGGUUUAACGAGCUGGUCCGACCUUUUAAUGCCCAAAACGGUAGAGGGGUUGAAAAUGAUGUUUUCCAUUGGCUUUCAUAAGGUCCCUUGGCUUCCAGAUUUCAUUUAUCGAGAUAUUCUUGAGACGAUGUUUAGUAACAGGAAGGAAAGAAAUGAGUUAUUAGAGGCUUUGGUAGUUGCCGACGAAGAUGCAACCUCAUAUACCAGCUACCCACAGGAGAUACACAUGGUGUGGGGAGAUGAUGAUAAGAUCUUCGAUCUUGACCUUGCGAUGACCAUGAAAACGCGAUUGGGCGACAAAGCAUCAUUAGAGUGGAUAAAGGAUGCAGGGCACCUAGUACCAUUAGAGCAACCCUUCAAAUAUAAUAAACGUCUUAAAUGUAUUCUUGAAAGUGUGACGAAGGAUCAAUGACUUGUUGGUUAAAUACUUAAUUGAAAAUCCGCAAGGAGUGGCUUUUCGGGCAAGCACAUAUUUGUAUUUGAAUAAAACCAAACCAAACCAAACCAAACCAAACCAGAAAUGUUUGGUAUUUGUUAA